AUGAGCGACGUGAAGCGGUCGCUGCUGGACAUUGGCGGCAAGGCGGCCGACGACGUCGACGAGGAGAUCGACGAGUUGCCGGAAAGCAACGAGACUUUCUCCGAGUUUUGCACCAGUCAGUCUUUUAUGCUCUUCAAAAAAAAAAAAGCAGUUUGGCAUGAGGAUAAAGUUAGAAGAUUUUAGACAAUUCGCCCAGAAACUUUGUAAAAGUCUAGAUGCACAUACUAAUAGUCGCAUUUUUAAAAUAUUUGUCUUACUCUAUUGAUUGAAAAUUCAUGUAUGUUUGCGAUUUAUUUUUCGGGAGAAGUCUGGGCGGGCCCGGGCUAGGAAUGAAAUUUUUGAAUUUAAUCGAAUAUUUUUUCAUUGUAAUUCAAGAAUUCCUCCGAAAAACGCUUUUUACUUGUUGAAUCGUAGUUUUUGUUGAUUUUUGAAUGAAAAAAUAACCGAUAACGUGAUUUUUGUCGUAGAAAAGUCUGAUAUUUGAUUUUGAGAAAAUUUGCGCUUUUGCUCGAGGCCCCCUAAGAAAGGGCCGGGUCGGACUUGAGAAUGGAUGGGCCCAGAUCUGGCCUUCGCGCAAACCUGCCUCUGGUAGACGCCUUGUUAUGAUGAAUGUGUUUGAAGGACAAGCGCAGAAUGUGGUGCACUUCCUGGUGGAGGACUGGUGCAUGUCGGCCUUGCUCGGAAUCAUCACCGCCGUCCUUUCCGUCGGAAUGGACGUCGCCAUCGAAGUCCUGCAGCACGGUAAGUCUCCAAAAAAGGAGGGAAUGAAACAAAUUUUGGUUCCAGCACACGUUGUGAUGUACGACAAGAUGCGGGAAAUCUCGGCCUACCUCGCUUUUUCGCAGUGGAUCGCCCACAUCACCAUUCUCACGGCCCUGUCCGCCGUUUUCUGCCAAAUCAUUUCCAAACAGGCCGUCGGUGCGUUGAGGAUACACUUUUCAGAAUUUCCCAAGUUUUCUUUCUACUAGAUGAAGCUCAGAGAUCCAACUUGUCAACGAAAAGACGAAAAAUAAGUUAUAGAAAAAUAGAAAUUUCGAAAAUUUCUCUAGUUUCAGGCAACAAAAGAUAAAGUCAUGAAGAAUUUUAGAAAGCCAAGAAACGAAAAAAUUACCAUUCGAAGUAAUUGAGAAGUUCAUUUCAGUUCUUCAAAAUAAGUCUGAUAUCUUCAGGUUCCGGGAUCCCAGAAGUGAAGGUCAUAAUGCACGGCUUCAAAAUGGACAACUAUCUGACCCUCCGAACUUUGGUCGCCAAAAUGUUCGGACUGACGCUUGCGAUGGGCGGCGGACUACCUAUUGGAAAAGAAGUGAGAGGACCUUGAUUCAUACUAGUUGAAAGCUUCUAAAGACCAAAGGAUCAUUCUUUUGCUGAAGUCAAAAAUUUGGAGGGAGACUUUAUUUUUGCAAUAUUUCACGACUUUUUUCUUUCAAAAAAAGGCGCUUUUUUGCAGGGACCAUUUGUGCACAUGGGCGCGAUUGUCGCCACGUUGCUGUCCAAAUUGACGGCCACUUGCCAAUAUUCGGCUUUCUUUUCCAAUGAAGGUGCGUCUUCUGAUUAUGAGAUAUCUGAAAAAUUUCAUUAGGAAUCCUUUCUUUUAGUAAGAUUUAAUUUUUAAAAGUCUUUCUGACAAUUGAAAGAUUUAAAAGUGAAAUAACGUGCUUUGAGAAACUUAUAAUGAUCAUCAAGCAUUUUUCAUCCUUUCACAUUUUCAACGAAAAGAAAUAAGUAAAUAAAUAAAACGAGUCGGAACAGUAUGACGCGUCUGGGCUCUCUUUUCUCUAAACUCUUCAAGAAUGAAGGCAUGAAAAUAGCAGGUAAAAAUGAGAGAAAAGUGAGAAGCAGAUAAGUCGUGGAGGACGGAUUAAACUAGCAGCAUACAAGAUUUUGGGAAUGAAUAAUUCAAGAUUUUUGAGCUAUUCAAAAAAGUCGAAUUGCUGUAUUUAACAGUGGUGCCCUCUUUUCGUUUCAUUGCAAUUUACAGGAAGAGAAAUGGAAAUGCUGUCGAGCGGAUGUGCCGUUGGUAUCGCCUGUACAUUCUCAGCGCCGAUCGGAGGUUGAUUUGAAGAAAAAUUUUCAUUUUUCUUGAGGAUACCCUAACUGGGACAGGAAUAUUUCUCAAACGGCCCAAAGUGAUGGGAAUUUGUUUUAAAAAGCUUAUUUGCACAUCGGAUCGCUUUAUUCGUUUUUUUCCUCAAUUUGAAGAUUUUUUUAAUCUGUUAAUUCCAUUUUUUUUUUGUUCAAAAUUCAAUCCAUUCCUUUGCAGCCGUACUUUAUGCGAUCGAAUCGACCUCGAAAUAUUUCGCGGUGAAGAAUUAUUGGCGCGGAUUUCUCGCUGCUACCUGCUCGGCCAUUAUUUUCCGAUUCGCGAAUUUUUUCGUCACAGCGGCUCAAUCUGGUGAUUAUUACAUGUUCAUGAUCUCUGGUAUAAUCUCAACAAGUUGAAAGUUUAAUUCAAUCAAUAGUUAUCAGUGUUUUUUUAAUAAAAUGAAUUUUCAGGCACAAUCACAGCAUUCUACCAGACGCGAUUCCCGACGGAUCCAUUUCUCAUCGAAGAACUUCCAGUUUUUCUUCUUCUUGGGUUCGGAUUCUGUCCGAAUCUGCAUCAAGUAUAUUCUCUGAUUAUUUCAGACUCCUCAGUGGAUUCAUGGGAGCUCUUUUCAUUUUCAUGCACCGCAAAAUAUCCCAUUUUCGAUCCAAAAACAAAAUCUUCAAACUGAUUUUCCGCAACAAGUAAGUUCUUUCAAUGACUGUCCUAACUAAUCGAUAUUUUUUUCAGUUUUCUCAGUUUCACUGUUUUCAUGGCCAUCGUAGUCGGCCUGUUGACGUAUCCCGAGGGAAUGGGCCGCUAUUUUGCCGGAAGGGUUUGUUUUUUUUUUUUUCGAAUAUGCUUGACCAACUCAAAUUCGAUUUUGGACACUACAAGGAGAAUUCUUUCGCUAUUUUUGGAAUCCCCUUCGUAGAUUCCAGGCACGUGGAGUAGAGAUAAAGAUAGCGGGACCUCCAAGAAUUGCAAAAACUUCCUUUCAAAAAGUCCUUUGAGACGGAAUCUGACUGAUUGGGUUGACGCUUGAGAAAAGUUCCGGUCGGGGUAACAAAGCGGAAAAAUCUCUUCAAAAAAACCGUUGGUGACGAAGAGCAAGAGAAAUUAAAAGAGAAUUUGAUCACAGUUAAGUGAAUAUUCGUUUAAUUUAGCUGACUUUCCGUGAGACGAUGGCCGAUUUCUUCAACAACUGCACUUGGAUCACUAACGAUUCCAGAAGGUUUCAAAUUUCCCUAUUGAGUUCGAAAACUGUCGCUAAUAAACCAAAUACUAACGCCGCGAUAACGUCUUCUCGUAUCAGCCCGUAAAUUGUCAUUGACCCGGAGAAGUUCCGAGGUGUAAAAGACCUUUACUCGAACAUUUUCAUUGGUUCAUAUGCGCAAAAACUGAAAAUUGAGAAAAAAAAAUCAAUUUGCAUCGAAAAAAUGUUAAGGUGCCCCGAAUCGACACUGCAGCAUUGGACAGGCGGUCCGGACGGCGGCGUUUCCAUUUUCCUCAGUUUGAUCCUCUACUAUUUCGUAUAUGUCAGUCUAGUUCUUGUGAAUCUUUCCAUGAAUGCCGUCUUCAGUUCUUCCUCGUGGCGAUUUGCAUUUCGAUUAACGUUCCGGCCGGAGUUUUCGUUCCAUCUUUCAUCAUUGGCGCGUGUGGCGGACGUCUAGGUCAGACAUUUUUUUCCGAAUAUUAUCGCUCUACAUUUGUUUUGGCACAAAGAUUUAGCGAAUUCAGAAAAUAUUUUUGUUUUCUCUAUAAAUGAUGCCAUUUGUAGUCGGCGAACUGAUGCUCGUCCUGUUUCCGGAAGGAAUGCGCGGUCCUGGAGGUCCCCCAAUCCAUCCUGGGCUCUACGCCGUCGUAGGUUGGUCCGCAGCCGUUGUCCCUUCCGAAGUUCUGAUCUUGAGGAGCCGCCGCCUACACAGCGGCCGUCACUCAUACUUUAUCCGUCGCUGUGAUUAUCUGCGAGUUGACCGGCCAGUUGGCGCCAAUUCUUCCUGUUUUGGUGGGUUUUUGGGUACAGAACAGACUUACUAGUUAGUUAGAAAGGAGAAUCUAGUGGAAUUGGAAACCGAAAAAGUUCAUUUAGUUGAAAGGGACGAAGAUCACUUAUAACACAGAAGGAUUUAGUUGAGAAGACAUUUCUUUCCAUAUUUUUGGGCAUGUUUUUACGGUAUAGAAAUAAAAGUAGAACUUCUUUUUCGAAAUAGUCAACUUUCGAAAAUCCACUUUGAAGAUCGCCAUGUUGAUGGGCAACGCCGUGUGCAAAUUCCUGCAGCCUUCCAUUUAUGAAAGCAUCAUUCGGAUCAAAAAAUACCCAUAUUUGCCUGAUCUUCCUCCUUCUCGAGUCAGGCGAGUCUCUCAUUAUUUUUCUUUUCAUAAGUGCGCCUUUUAGUGUUCACACAGUGAAAGUCGAACAAAUCAUGAUUACUGACGUCGUCUAUAUCACGAAAGACAUGACCUACAGGUUUGUAGUUUCGUUGGAGAUGGAAGUUGAGAUUGGAGAUUACAGAGAGAUGAAGGAAAUCUUGCAAUUGGCGCCACACCUUCGUAGUUUUCCGAUUGUGACUGACCAUGGUUUUUUCAAUGAAGUUUUCGAGAAAACAUAGAUAGUUGUAGAAAACAAAAUUCUGCUCGGGUCGGUGGCCAAAAGGUACCUGACGAUGUUGCUCCGACGCCACGUCCUCGUGUCUCAACAGGACAGCCGCGCAAGUGCUCGCAUGACUCCCACCGAGAUCUUCAACACGAUCCGCCGGACCAGCAUGAGGUUACCAUCUCCUUUUCUUCUGCCUCUAACAAAUCGGAGAAGGUAUUCUAGACUGUCGAAACGGUCGCCGUCCAGAAGAUCAACGACGUCGCAGCCCCGAGAAGCGUCGGAAAGCGCCAGAAGCGACGUCGACGUCGAGCUCCUUUCCGAACGGACCAUCUCCGGAAACACUUAUCUCUCCAUCUCUCCACUCCACGCACCCAACAACGUCCCUCUCCAAGCCGUUUUCACGCGGCCUUCAGGACUGGACUCUGAUUCCGUGGUGAGGCUAAGAAUACUCCUACGGAGCGGAAGAAGAAGGAAACAGAAUAAUAAUUUUGAAAACACAGAAAAAGGAUUUUUCAAAGUUUGAACUUCGAAUUUUCAGGCGCUUUUGUCGUUUCGAAGGCAAAAAUGGCCUGGAAACUUUGAAAUAAUUUAGUUUCUCAGGGAGAGAAGAACACGGAGGUGUUGCUCGAUCGGAACAUCGACCUGGACGAGGUCGCCAUCGACGCGGCGCCUUUUCAACUCGUCCUCGGCUCCUCCCUCUACAAGGUCCACACCUUGUUCUCUCUUCUUGGCCUUUCCCACGCCUACGUCACUGACUGCGGGAAACUUGUUGGCGUCGUCGGCUUGAAGGAGGUUUUGCAAGUUGUGAAAAUCUCCAACAUCUUCUUGGAUUACAGUUGCGUGACGCUUUGGCCAAUAUCUACGUCCGAGGUGUCGUCGCACCGCCGAAACCUGACCGGAAACUCACUUCUGGAACCAUGCUUUUCCCGGUUUGGCUAUUCUAUCCCAUUUUUUUAUACUUUCCAACUUUUUCAGAGAAAAGACUCAAGAACCGACGAAACUUCAAACGGCGCUUCAAUUGUCGCACCUGACCUUCCCAAAUUCGGAAACUCUUUAACUGUCCCUCUCUAA